CUUGCCACUAAGGCAGCAAGAAAAAGCGCACCCGCCACUGGAGGAGUGAAAAAACCUCAUCGCUACAGGCCCGGUACAGUGGCACUGCGUGAAAUUCGUCGUUAUCAGAAAAGCACCGAACUGUUGAUUCGUAAAUUGCCUUUCCAACGCUUGGUCAGGGAAAUAGCCCAGGAUUUCAAGACCGAUCUUCGUUUCCAAAGUUCUGGUAUGGCACUCCAAGAAGCGAGUGAAGCGUAUCUUGUCGGACUUUUUGAAGAUACAAAUUUAUGUGCCAUCCAUGCAAAACGCGUCACCAUCAUGCCUAAAGACAUCCAACUGGCAAGGCGUAUUCGAGGAGAACGAGCUUAAAAUGAAAAAAUAAACAAAAAAAAAAAACGGUUCUUUUCAGAACCACAAAAUUGUUUACAAAUGAAAAUGUUUCGCAAUAUUGACAGUAAUUAAAGUAAUUAGUACGCGGAUCAUAAUGAAUUUUAAACUCUGUCAAACAAUAAAAACAAUGAUGCUUUUAUU